GGAGGGAGCAGGGCGGGCGGACAGGCAGGGCGGCUCCGCUCGGCAGGCAGAGAGCGACCGGCCGCCGGAUCAGGCAUUGUCACUGAAUCACCUGGAAUCUUCUCACAACCGCCAUGAACAUCUCUCACUUCCUGGGCUUGCUGUUCCCAGGAGCCCCACAGGGUCAAAACAGGAGCAAGGCAAAGGGCAUCCCAUACAAUUUCUCUGACCAUUGCCAGGAUUCCAUAGACCCAAUGGUCUUCGUUGUCACCUCCUAUAGCAUUGAGACCAUUGUGGGGGUUCUGGGCAACCUCUGCCUGAUAUGUGUGACCAUUAGGCAGAAGGAGAAGGCCAAUGUGACCAACCUUCUUAUUGCCAACCUGGCCUUCUCUGACUUCCUCAUGUGCCUCAUCUGCCAGCCGCUCACGGCCAUCUAUACCAUCAUGGACUACUGGGUCUUUGGCGAGGUCCUUUGCAAGAUAUCAGCCUUUAUCCAAUGUAUGUCAGUGACGGUCUCCAUCCUCUCGCUUGUCCUUGUGGCGCUGGAGAGGCAUCAGCUCAUCAUCAACCCAACAGGCUGGAAACCCAGUGUCUCCCAGGCCUACCUGGGGAUUGUGGUCAUCUGGCUCAUUGCCUGCUUCCUCUCCCUGCCCUUCCUGGCCAACAGCAUCUUACAGAAUGUCUUUCACAAGAACCACUCCAAGGCUGUGGAGUUUCUGGCAGAUAAGGUUGUCUGUACCGAGUCCUGGCCACUGGAGCAUCACCGCAUCAUCUAUACCACCUUCCUGCUGCUCUUCCAGUACUGUAUCCCGCUGGCCUUCAUCCUGGUCUGCUACGUGCGCAUCUACCAGCGUCUGCGAAAGCGGGGGCGGGUAUUCCACAAGGGUGCCUACAGCUCGCGGGCUUGGCAGAUGAAGCGGAUCAAUGGCAUCCUUGCGGCAAUGGUGGUGGCCUUUGCCGUGCUCUGGCUGCCCCUGCAUGUGUUCAACAGUCUGGAGGACUGGUACCAUGAGGCCAUCCCCAUCUGUCAUGGCAACCUCAUCUUUUUGGUGUGCCACCUGCUCGCCAUGGCCUCCACCUGUGUCAACCCUUUCAUCUAUGGCUUUCUCAACACCAACUUCAAGAAGGAGGUCAAGGCCUUGGUGCUGACUUGCCAGCAGAGCAUCCCUGUGGAGGAGUCCGAGCAUCUGCCUCUGUCUACAGUGCAAACAGAGAUCUCCAAAGGGUCUCUGAGGCUCAGUGGCAGGUCCAACCCCAUCUAGCCAGGUCUAGGGCUUUUCAUUGCCAUGUUCAUUGCCAGACUCCUUCACUUAGCUAACUGGGCACAUUGCAAGCUAGGGGUGGCACUCCAACAUUACUGGCUUUGUGGGGCCCAGAUAGGGUGGCAAGAACCUGUUUUUGCAUCCAUUAGUGCCAUGAAGCCUGGCAUUCAGAUGAUUCAGCUGUUGUUCCUAGGGGAAUUCUGAGUCUGGAUUCUACAGGGCACACACAGUGUGCCUUGCAGCUUGAGCAGAUGCCAGAGCCGGAGAUGGUCUGAUUGUAGCAGGCAGAGUUCAUUCUGGUCACUCAGCAACAGAUGCUGAGCCUGAGAACCCAGGAGUCUCACCUCCACCAGCAAAACUGCAAGGCUGUUUUGGGAAGAACACGUGGAAUCAGAGUUCUGGACUUUGGUCAACCUCUACCACUGUGGGAGAUGAUGUUUGUGGAUAGGCUUUGUAAGUGGUAAAGAGUUCUGCGGAGGCAAGCCAGUGGGAUUACUGUAUGUCAUUAUUAUAUCCAGCUGCAGAGAAGGGAUUCUGGUAGCCUGCUCAUGCUCCUCUGCAGUAGGAAGAUCAGCCCCCUGCAGCAGGAAUUCCAGGGUUGGCAUCCUACUCCAUCCUUUUUCUCUUUCGUUGCAUCUACCACCAUGUAUGGAUAUAAGCCUGCAAGUAUCUCUCCUUGAUGAGAUUGUGAGCACCUUGAGGAUGCCGUCUGUAUGGUCAUAGACCUUGGGUCCUCCAUGCCUGGGACAGGCCCUGACACAGGGAGAGAGCUCCAGAAAGGUUUACCAUGGAGACAAGAAAGGUUACUAAGGCAGUAGGCAUCCCAACUGGGUGCUCAGCUGAGAAGAGGCACCUGGCCCCCGGUUCAGUGUGGGCAGUGCUCGGGCUGUGGCAGUCACACUCUCUCACCUGCCGUUCCUUACCUCCCAGGACCUUUCUUGACAAGGCAGCUUGCCAGGGACUCUGUGACACUCUCCAUUGUCAACCCCCUACAGAGACUUACAGUACUCAAGACUGUGACUCUAGCCUGUUCAUUCCACACUCUGCCCCAAGGUGCCUUGUCCCAAGUCAUGUGCCACGGUUCUUCCAAAGCCCCCCUAGGACUUUGGGCCUCCCAGAAGCUCUCAGUAGUGGCAGGGCCAGGGAGUUCUUAGAAUUUGGCUUAAUGGAGCACUGGCUGAAAGGAGCAGGGGGUCCUCCUUCCUCUAGCCAGCCAGGGAAAAUGAGAAGGAGCUGUGAUGUAUGUGAGUAUCUCACCCUUGGAGGUCAAGGGUCAGUCUUCCAGAUGCUGAGCCAGAUCCAAGGCUUCAUCUCUCUAUGGAAAAGACAGCUUGUCCUUGCAGAGAAGGAACUUGCUCGUGGGCCACCUUGGCUGGUAUGUCCAGGCCUGGCUGUGCCUGCUCAGAGGCACUCUGCCUCCAGCUGAGCGAUUAGUGGCCAACCCACCAUAGCCUCCUGGGGGCAGGGAUUCAGGUUUCUAGAACCCCUGAGGAGCCUCACUGUGAGGAGCCUAGAAGAUUGGCUUUACACAGGGAAUCCAGCAGCAGGAGACUGAACAGCCACAUCUGACCAUCUCUCUGACCUGGCCUCUGAACAAAAACCCUUACACUCAACACGCAAAUCAAUUGCUCUUGGAGCCACCAGUGCCCUUCCUGGAGCUGUUUGUUUUGUCUCAAGUUUUGGUUGCAUCUCCCGUUAUAUUCCUUUGCUUGCUUUUAUCUGGAAUUUUUGGGACAGAUUGUUGAGCCAUUCUCUUGGAUGCAGCUUGUGCUUGUCCUCUGGUGCCAUCCGUGCUGGCUGCUCCAGGUAACCACAUGCCCGUGAAGCCCAGGCCCUGGGACCUAGACCAGCAAGAUAUCAUUGCUUACUUUCUCCAAGGAAUUGGGGGCCUCAGUUUCCUCCAGAUCCCGUGAAUUGUUUGGGAGUUUGCCUGUCAUCAUUCCUCAGUGGUGCCAAGAUGCUUAAGACCAAGAAUGCUUUAGGGUGCUAGCAUGCCUGAGGACUGGGGGACCAGGCUGGGCAUCUGGUGAAGGUCUUUGGCAUUGGAAAUUGGGGUAGUGUGUGGAAAUCUUGUUGAGCAUCUUCUGUGCUUCCCUUCCCUUGCUGGGUUGGCACAGACGGUCUGGAUAGCUGUCCCCUGCUCCUGGUUCCUAAUGACCCUUGGUGUUUCCUAGUUAUCCAACACUCUUGGCACUUGGAUCUCAGUGUGCUAAGAAGACCGGAAGCUUUAGGAUCACUUGGAGCUUGUUAGACAUGCAGAAUCUCUCCUCCUACCCUAAAUUUAGUGAAUCAGAAUCUGUAUUUUAUCAAGAUCUCCAAGUUAACGGUGCAAAUACUUGAAUUUGAGAAGCUUUGCUCUAGGAAACAGAUUGCCUUGGAUCCUGGAGACACUUGGUGAGCACCUGUAGACACCCCCUGUGGGAUCUAUAGGAAUCCUAGUUCCAGAGAGAGGGCUGGGAAUGGUCUUGCUGAAAAGGUAGAUUCAGUUUUGGUUGGUUGUCCAUCUCUGACUGCACGUGGACAUAUUUCUUAUGAAGCCUUUUCCUUCCUUCAAUAAAUAUUUGUGA